AUGGCAGGGUCCACAUGUACCAUCAGGUUCACACUUGAAAAGGACAGUGGAGUGUACUGGUGUGAGUCUGCAUCAGGAGAGUACAGUAAUGCUGUCAACAUCACAGUGGAUGAUAGCACGACGAUUCCGCCUGACGAGAGUCACAUAGGAGUGACGCCACCUGACUGGCUGAACCCUGGAGACUCAGUUACUCUGAGCUGUGGGGUUAAAGAGUCAUCUACAGGCUGGAGGUUCUUCUGGUACCGAACUGUUCCCUACAGAGCUGGGUUACCCUCCCUAUCGGACAGGUCCUACUCUGUAGAGCCUCUAUCUGGCAAUGGGACUACUGAAGACUCCUACACUCUGAUCCCUGCUGGUCCUAAUCACACAGGAGGAUAUGUGUGUAGAGCUGGGAGAGGAGACCCAGUCUAUGACACACUCUACAGUGAACCUCAGUUUAUCUGGACAGGAGACCUGCAUCCUUCAGUGUCUCUCAGAAUAAGACCGACCAGAACUCAGCAUUUUACAUCAAAGUCUCUCUCACUAAGCUGUGACGAGAAGGGGAACUCUACUGGAUGGAGACUCAAGAGAUACAGAGAAAGAGGAGUGGAGUCAGGGUGUGGCUCUAACUGGGAAACAAUAUCAGGGUCCACAUGUACCAUCAGGUACACACUUGAAAAGGACAGUGGAGUGUACAGGUGUGAGUCUGCAUCAGGAGAGUACAGUAAUGCUGUCAACAUCACAAUUUACAGUAUUAUUUAUAUAUUAUGUUACACAGCUGGUGCUGUGAUCCUGGAGAGCCCUGCCUAUCCCAUGACUGAGGGAGACUCUGUGACUCUGCUCUGUACAAAUAGAUAUCAGGAAACAAACCCAAACCCCAAGGUUGAUUUCUACAAAGAUGGAGAACUCAUCAAGAAUGAGACCACAGGAGAGAUGACCAUUCCUGCAGUAUCCAAGUCAGAUGAAGGCUUCUAUAAGUGUAAAUCUAAUGAAGGAGAAACACCAGAGAGCUGGGUGACAGUGAGAGUCCCUCCAGGUUCCGUUGUCUCCAUCUCUCUGCUGUCCAGGCUGCUGUGUGGUCUACUGGUGGUGUCUCCCUUUUUACUGGUGUCUAUCAUUCUGAUGGUGAAAUGCUGCAGGGCUCAAGGUAUGUGUUCAACAACCAAAUCUCCUCAAGACGAGUUACGAUCUGAUGAUAUCAUCGAACAGACCGAAUCAUCCGUGUGA